GAACCAGUUGUCUUCUGGCUGUCGAACUGUCGGCGGCAUUGUUAUUAAUUCACAUAAAUUCACAUAUAUAUAUAUAAAUAUAUCUUUGUGGGUUUAUAGUUUUUGAGCCUGUGACUGUGAAAGUGAAAAAUUGAAAAAUUUUUUUUGACAUUAAUUUGUUCUGAUUUUUUUUUUCUCAAUUACAUACUCAAGAUCUACUAAAUGUGCUCAAUAGCAAUGCCUUCGGAGUUGAUGGGUCACAGUCCACCAGUCUAUGGGCACCAUCAUUUUUUAUACAACCCAUUAAUGGUUACCGCGGCGUCGACCCCCGCGACCCGCGGAACUAAAAUAAGACCGUGUAUAACUACGACAAUUGAUGGGUUGUCAAGUGGGAUAACUAUUAAUUUUAAUAAAAAUAAUAGUAGCAAUUUAAAUAAUAGUACCAAUAAUAGUAAUAAUAUUAAUAAUAACAAUUCUAAUAAUAAUAGUGUUAUUAAUAACAGUAGUAAUGGGAGUGGGGUCGAAUGUAAACAAAAGAAACGAGUGGUGUUUGCUGAUGACCGCGGGAGACCUUUAACACAAGUCCGUGUGAUGUCAGAGCCAAGCAAUAUGCCCCCGGCAUUGUGGACAAAUGCGUAUUUGUCAAAAGUAACACGUGACAUGCAAGCUGAGACAACAACAAACCCAUGGAUCGCACAUUUCCAACAGCCAGCGAGUGAUUAUUUGGCUUUCAGACAUAAGUUGGAUCAAAACUCGGUCAGUCUCGAGAACGUCAUAAUCCGCGAAUCCGAGCAGUGUAUCGACGGAACGAUAAAAGUUAAAAAUCUGGCUUACGAUAAAGAAGUUGUUGUGAGAACAAGCUGUGACAACUGGCAGACUCACGAAGACGUUUAUUGCACUUAUGUUCCACAGCAUGGCACUAAUGCGAUUCAACCCAAGCUUAUCUUGUACGAUACAUUUAAAUUCCGUGUCACUUUGCCUGUUACCUCUGAUAAGAUUGAGUUCUGUGUCUGUUAUCGAGUUGACGGACAAGAGUAUUGGGAUAAUAAUGACGAAAAAAAUUAUGUCAUUAAAAAACGUCCGGAGUGUCGCCGUUACUCUUCGUCAUCACAAAUGGACUUAAAGACCUCAGUGAGCUAUAAAAAUAUUUACAAUACGAUCGACACAAAUAAUAAUACUAAUAAUCACAACAAUAAUGGAGUAAUGAAAGCCGAUGAAGCCGUCAGAGCAAAUAUUUUUACUUGGAGCGAGUUCGCGUCCUGGCAGCAUUUAAACAACGAAGCGCCUUAUUGGUGAUUAAUAACUGAUGACGAUGCCAAUACUGUGAAUGUGUGUGUGCGUAAAAAAAUUUAAUUGAUGAUAUUCUGCGCACUAAAAAUUCUAAAAUAAUUCAGUGAAUUUAAAAAUCUGGACUUUGUUUUAAAAUUAUUUUUGUUAUUUAUUCAUAUUUUAUUUUAUUAAGGAUUCAUAUCAUUUUGAUAUUUUUAUGGUAAGUUUUUAUAUACUAUUAUUACUAUUAUUUUUAAAAGUGUUCUAAGAUGGGCCGGUUUGGAUGCGAGAACAAAUUUUAUUAAAUUUUAAUACGAGAGAUCUUUAAAAUUAAAUUACGACUAAACUAUUGAAUUUAUGACAAAAAUGUAUGAGAACAAAGUUAUAGAAAAUUUAAUUUCCUAUAAAAAAGGUCCUUAUCACUUUUUACGUAACUUCAAUACUUGAGCCGUGAUAUCAAUUUUAAAGCGCGCGAAAUUUAAAAAUACGAAAUUUAUGGUCUGGAAAUUUUUUAUUUUUAAAAUUAAUAUUCUCGCUAAAAUAUCAGAGUUAUGAUAAAAAUGAUAAGGACUAAAUUUGUAGGAAAUUAAAUUCUCUACAAAAAAGGUCUGAUUAAAAUUUUCGUUAAAAUCGAUAGUUUACAAGUAAUUAAAAUUUAAAGUAAUUAAUUCUAUUGAGUGGAAUCUGAUCCCAAUCUACUAUAAAAAUUCUUUCUUUUUUUAAAAAUUAUGGCGAAACUAUCAGAGAUACGACAAAAGUGAUAAGGACCAAAUUUUUAGCUCAUUAAAUUCUCUACAAAAAAGUAUUCUUUGCAUUUUUACAUAAACUCAAUAGUUGUCGAGAUAAAGUGAAAAUAAAAAUCCCAGCGUAACAAAUUUACAGACUUGUAAAUUUUCUAAAAAAAAAAUAAAAAAAAAAAAAGUACUUGCUCUACAUAAAAUAAAAAUUAUAAUAACUCACGACUAUAAAUCUUGAACAAUCUUGUUCUCCCACGUGUCCAGACCCAGACAUCCUUGUUUAUUUUUUAUCGCCGCACCUUCUGCUCUGAUAAAAAUUUUAUUUUUACUUCAAUGAAUUUAUUACUCCACAUUUAUAUUUUUUUUUUACAGACUGGUAAAUAUAUAUAAUUAAAUAUAUAUGUAUAUACUCAAUAAGACUGAAUUUUAAAAAUAAAAAACAAAAUAAUAAUUAAAAUAACUACUCAAGAGAUUAAUUACUGAGAGUAGAAGACUGAUCUUAUAUAUUUACUGGUUUUUAAUUUGAAAAA